AUCGUCAGCGCGUUGGCUUGCGCGUGAUGUGAUUCAGUUUCUCUCACAGUUUCCCUGUCGCAUCAUUGCUAACCGUUACGAGGUGAGGAGGUAAUCCGCCGUGCGAGAUCCCGUCCGAUCCGCCAAUAUUCCGUCAAAGUGCUCCGCGCGUAUACGCAGCGCGGUGAUAAAUUGCGCAGAAACGCGUAACACGGAAUACAGCGUGUCUGAAUGCGCGAGUAAUGAUCGAGUGAGCCACCCGCGAUCACCGACAACGCACACCCGCGACGACGCAUCUCGGGACCUGUGCAUCAUGGGCCUUUGAGAGGGCGGUAUCGAGGAAACGGUGCUCUCCCGACAAGGGAGAGGAUCGCCGUAUAGGGACGACGAUUGGGCAUAGGAAGGGCUGGGUCAGCGAAAGAAGAGGGUGGCCGCUACCUGACACCGGGAGAGGCGAACUCGAAGAUUCGCGCAUACCCGUCUGACCGGCUAUCACGACCGCCAUGUUAUCCCGGAACAGCCGCAGCGGUGUUACAUCGGGCGCGCGGUCGCUGGCGCCGCUGCUCUUCUAUCUCCUCGUGCUCGGCGCGGCCGCCCUCGAUGAAUCCGAUAUAAAUAGAUUAGAAACAGUGGCAGAAUCGAAAACCGAAAAGCAGAUAGCAUCGCUAGAAAUCCGAUCAUCGCAGGAUAUCGAGGGCAUAGAAGCAGGUAGCACACCGUCGCUAGUAUGCAAACUCAACGUGCCGGGUCAAGUCUGGUGGAGCACUGGUGGCAGGAAUCUCACCACCAUCAAGGAUCUCGAGAUUUAUUCUGGACGAUUUGAUAUAAAGAAGGCCAGCAGAAACGACACGGGCGAUUACAAAUGUUCCGCGCAGACCGCCGAUGGCGAAUCUCUCGAAAAAAACAUUCAUAUCAGAGUGAUAGAACCCGGCAAAAUAAUAUCCAGCGGAGAUGUGAGAGCGAAAGUCAUGGAAGACGCCAACUUGACAUGUCACAUACACGGUUAUCCAUUAUCUCAAUUUACUUGGUUAAAAGGGAAUGAUUCAGAGAGCAGCGAGCAUUUGAAGGAUAUCACUGCAGUCACAUGGAUAAAUGAGACUUAUGCCAUCUUAAUCCUGGAGUUCAAGAGUCUAGCGCGUAAAGACAAUGGCACGUACGUAUGUCAGGCGAGCGACUACAAUGGGGUAGUGAGUGCCACGACACAUUUAUUUGUCAUCGAUGUGCCUAAAGUCAGCAUAGAUUUCAUGAAAGCAGUCGGUGCUGGGAAUAUAUAUUUAAAUUGGACCGUCAAUGACGGUAACGAGCCGAUUAAGAAAUACUUUAUUCAGCAUAUGAAGAACGGUACAGAUCAACGACAGUAUUAUGCUGAGCAGAUCGGCGGCGGUAAUUCGAGUUACGUUCUCAAAGGAUUCGAGAGCGGCACAGCAUAUCAAUUCGGCAUUAGUGCUACAAAUGCGGUGGGCACAUCGUAUAUGCAAUUGGAUCCGCGAUGGAUUACUACGCUUGAAAAAGACCCGGUGUUUGUGCCAAAAGUGUCCGUGAACGGUGUGACAGAGAAUUCGAUUACGAUAGGCUGGACUUUACCACCGCCGGAUUUGAAAGAACACGUGCAUUAUUAUAAUUUGAUGGCUACUCACGCCGAGCAGAAAAGAGAAGCGAUGUAUCCUGCUCAACCGUUCACCGUGUACGCGUUCGUGAAUCUCGAUCCGGCGACCACAUAUAAAUUCAAGAUAGCUGCCUGCAGCGAGUACACAAAGCAAUGCGGCAAUUGGAGCACUGAAGUAAAUGGCACUACACUUGAUGGAGUGGCCAGUCCUCCAAAAAAUCUCGUCGUUACUUGCCGCUAUGACAAUAUAAGCAGCUCCAGUUUUAUGUCUAUUACGUGGAAAUCUCCGGAGAAGCCAAACGGCAUUAUACAGCGUUACAACAUACAAUUGAACGGCGUAGCGAAUUUCAAAAAUGAUUUAGGACGUCUAGACAUUGAUACCUUUGAACCACCCAGUUGGAGCGUAAAAAGAAAUAGCACACGAUACAAUCAAAUACCUCCCAAUACAAAUUAUACGGUUCGGGUACAUGGAGUGACUAGGUCUCGCACUCCCGGCAAAGACGCUGUAGGAAAUUGCACGACGCCGGUUACGGUUCCAGAUCGCGACAGCAUGAACUUGCGCAGCUGGCGGAAGAUUGAAAGUCAGGGUCGACAAUUGUUCAAACUUUAUCUACCACGCAUCUCUGAGCGGAAUGGCCCUAUCUGCUGCUAUCGCAUCUACAUGGUAAAACUGCCACCGCAGAAAACGGUCCGGGAUCUGCCGCCACCCGAAGAGAUCCCGGUAUACUCUUAUCAGUACGUGCACAGUUCGCCAAACAGCGGUGCUUAUAUCGUCGAGACAUUCGAAAGCGAUCAGUUAUUAAGCGAGAUCUUCCUCGGCGACGGUGAGUCAUCCAUCGGCGGCGCGAUGUGCGACAAGUGCGUCGGUUUGCGACCCAAACCGACUCCACCAUUACUACACUUUGUCCCGGAGAUCCCGUCGACUACCGCUUCGACCAACGCGAACAGCACUACCGCCAUCACUAUAACAACAACAAUGUCGCCAACGACAACUGCGAGCAAUAGCAGUAGCGGCAGCAUGAUUGUCAACUCAUCCACUGUGUUGGCGACGACUACUAUCAGCACUUCCGCGAAAAUAGAUGUAACUACGGCAAUCCCGAUAAUUAUUAAUGCAACCGAAAAAGCGGAACGACGGAAAAGAGAGGACUUGCCCGUUCAAAAGGCAUCUGUGGACGGAUCAAGCGUGGAAUCCAAUAUGUUAUUGCCUUACGAUGGCUUUCUUGAUGAAACAUCGAAUUAUACCGGUUUUAUCGAAGUGAUUGUCUACGAUAAUCAGAGAAAUCAACUUCUAUCGGCUUACAGCAGUUAUUUCAAUCCUCUUUACGGUGGAGUAGAUCCUCUCAGCGUAACAGCCGCGGAGGCGACUACUAUCAGAGAAAUGAUAAUACAACUCUUCAUUGCUCUCAUCUUGACUCUUAUGAUACUGUUUAUCGCACUUUGCAUACUAUAUAGAUUUACAAAACGUUCGCAAGAAAGGGAGGAAGUUAUAACGCUGCGCAAUAGUUUUAGGCAUCUCUGUAGAAGCCUGAGAAGCAGACAUCAGCUUGUGGCAGCGAGUCCGCCGGAUAUGCCGCCAAUACCCAAGAGUGAGUUAUUACAGGCAUAUUUAGAACGCCAUCGAGACUCAGAUUAUGGUUUCCAACACGAAUUCGAACUGUUACCCGACCGAUUUACGGAUAGAACAACGCGCGCAUCCGAAGCACAGGAGAAUCUCUAUAAGAAUCGUUAUCCAGACAUCAAGUGUUACGAUCAAACAAGGGUGCGUCUGGCGCAGAUAGACGGUAUCUGUGGUUCUGAUUACAUCAACGCCAAUUUUGUGCUGGGUUAUAAAGAGCGCAAGAAAUUUAUCUGUGCCCAAGGCCCGAUGGAGAACACUGUAUGCGACUACUGGCGCAUGAUCUGGGAACAGCAUCUCGAGCUGAUACUUAUGCUGACGAAUCUUGAGGAGUACUCGAAAACAAAAUGCGCUAAGUAUUGGCCAGACAAGCGUGAAACUAAGAACUUUGGCGACAUCACGGUAGAGCAUGUCAAAGAGCGUGCCUACUCAGACUAUGUGGUGCGCGAGUUAAAAAUGACACGGUUAGGUGAACGCGAUUCCCGCGCGAUCGUGCAAUAUCAUUUCCUCGUAUGGAAAGACUUUGUUGCACCCGAGCAUCCGCACGCAAUUCUACGUUUCAUCAAACGUGUCAAUGAGGCAUAUUCGCUCGAGAAGGGACCGAUAUUGGUACAUUGCAGCGCCGGUGUGGGUCGAACCGGCACGCUUGUGGCAUUAGAUUCUCUGUUGCAACAGUUGGCUGAGGAAAACCAAGUGUCCAUUUUCAAUACUGUGUGUGAUCUGCGGCAUCAGCGUAAUUUUCUCGUGCAAUCUCUUAAGCAGUACAUUUUUAUCUAUCGUUCACUUAUGGAAAUGGCGCAAUACGGUGAUACGGAAAUUUCGGCAUCGCAGCUCAAGGCUACGGUUGCUAAACUUAGGCAACGAGACAAUGGCAAGGAGAAAUGUAGAAUGGAGGAGGAAUACGAUAAAAUCAGUUCCGUAUUGGAAGAUCGUAAGUCUUUCUCCGUUGGUGGCGGAGAGGAGAAUAGAUCGAAGAACAGAAGCGAAUUGGUAAUACCAUACGAUAGAAAUCGAGUGAUUCUCACCCCAGUCCCAGGCAGGGAACAUUCGACGUAUAUUAACGCAUCAUUCAUCGAAGGUUACGAUAAUUCCGAGUCAUUUGUCAUUACACAGGAUCCACUAGAAACCACUAUAACAGAUUUCUGGCGAAUGAUCUCGGAACAAUGCAUUUCUACAAUAGUCAUGUUAUCUGAUUUAAAUGAAGGCCCACGAAAAUGUCCACGCUACUGGCCAGAUGACGAAACUAAUUACGAUCAUAUAAAAGUCCGUUACAUACACAGCGAAAGUUGUCCGUACUACACGCGUCGCGAAUUUAACAUUGUGAAUACUAAGACUGACGAAAACGGAGUCGUGAAGCAGUAUCAGUAUCAUGGGUGGCCGACGGUGGAAGGUGAAGUACCUGAAGUAACACGUGGUCUCAUCGAGUUGGUGGAUCAGACGUUGACAAAUGACACCGAGACAAACGGUUCAUUGGUAGUGCACUGCAGCUAUGGAUCAGAUCGGAGUUCCAUGUUUGUUGCACUCAGUAUAUUGGUCCAGCAAUUGCGCACUGAGAAGCGCGUGGAUAUCUUUACGACGACGAAGAAAUUGCGCUCUCAGCGACACGGCAUGAUUAGCACCUUCGCGCAAUACGAGUUUCUUCAUCGCGCCAUCGUGAAUUAUUCGGAUCUUCACAAUUUGGCUGACGACGAAUCUGUGUCAUAAUAUUUGGAUACAUAAGUAUAAGCAAGAUUAGAUUAUUCUAAAUACUCUGUUUUGGGCGGACUUGUGCAUGGAGGACGAGUUCUGUGACGAUUUUGAGAAUCCACGAACGUUCGAACAAACGUACUGCCCCAACCAAAGAUGAACAAGUACUUGAUGAAGAAUCAUUGACAUUUUAUUAUCAUCGUUAUCCUCGUCAUCAUCAUUGCCAUUAAAUCAGGCUAAUUGCGACGCACAACGCGGAUUCGUAUGCGAAUCUAAAGACUAUUUGUAUAUAAUACAUCAGCAGAUUUUAUAUAUGCUGAUCAUAAGUUAACUUCAGAAGAGAGAAAUUAGAAGAGGAGCAUUAGAGGAGAUUAACUGAAAACCGAUUUAUUGUCCGUCUUAUCGUACGUGGAUUUUCGAUGAUGUUGGUGAAAAUCGCAAAGUGCAGUGCGUGACGACAUCAUGAAACCGUUAUAGAAGCUUAUUUUUUAUCAAUAGUUUAAUAAUUCAAUCAGAGCGUAAUGUAUCUACAGUGCGUUGAAGUUUUCAAAUCGUGAUCCGACAUUCUCAUCGGAAUUGUCAUGGUUGUACAGCGAGGGAUUGGCACAAAAAUAGACGAAUAUAGGUAUGUCUACGUAUGUACAUUCUUCUGAUACAUGACACAGUUAAAGCUCCGUUUUACUCUUGCGAGUCACAACUGAAGCAAAACGAUGAAAAACCUCGAUGUUGCGAUUAAUCGCACAAUUCGAGAACCGGCUAGAACUUCUCUGAGACUUAACGCGAAAUGUUAUCUUAGCAUCUGCUACAGAACAUUUUCCUUCAAAGUAAGUGAAACGAAGCUAAGUAAAAUACCGUUACCUUCGUUUAUCGCAAAAACUUCGAGAAGAAAGGUUUCCUGUCAUAAUGAGUAAUAUUAAUGAGAUUACGCGCGUGUUGCGUAGGUUUAUAUAUUCUUCAACGAUAUAUGCGUUAUUAUUACAAUGUAUUACGCGUUUCACGCGUGUGCUGAUUUAUCUUCUAAAAGGAAAGACUGAUACUCUUUAUUCAGUUUGAAAUGCGACGCUUUUAAGACAUGCAUCUCAUUUGCACAAUAUUGAGAUUUUGCUGUGAAUCGUAAUAUUGUGACUAUAAAGGGGCGAGAAUGGAUGACAAAAAUGUUCUUUUUUCUUUUUAUUUUUCAUUCUUGGGGAAAAGUUUAUUACAUAUACAUAUAAAUAUAUGUGACAUGCUUUUUUCACGUGUGACGAGACACAAUUCGAGAAAAAAUGGAUAUAAGAUCAUAUAUAUUGUCAUUAUGAUCUCACAAUUACAUAAGUCUAUUUUUUCUCAGAAAGGGCUAUGUUCUAACACAAAUUAAAAGCUAAACGGGCUGGGCAAAAUAUAUCGUAAAGUUUUAUCCUAAAUGCAAAAUACAAAUUGUAAAAUAUUUUAUAAGAUAUAUUUCAAAAAUGAGAUACAAAAGUGAUUCAACAUACAUGAUAUUUGAAAAUUUGAUUUAGAAUAAGAAAAAUGAUAUUUUAUAUAUAUUCAAGCAUUAGCGCAAUGUUCGCGAAUCGCCCGGCCCUGCGAGAAGAGACGACGGCGGAAAAAAAUUGGCGAUGUUUUUAUGAGAAAAAAAAUUAAAUUUCAGAUUAAAAGCAGAGAAGGAUAUAAUUAUGCGUUUCAUUCCUUCGCACGUUCGUUCAGUUCUAGUCAAGUUUAAACUCCAGCACGUGCGUUGCCAAACUAUAACCUUUUGCAAGAAGCAGGAGACAAUCAUGUUAAUUACGAUUUGCAUCGCAUCGUCCGAUUAUUUCCUUUUUCUUUCUUUCUUCGCAGGUAUCACUCUCAUUCCAUUUUAAUCGGACGCUCUCCGAUAAGAGACACGAAAUGUUAUAAGUCUAUAAUUUUAUCUCGAAAUUGAAAUCACAUCUCAAUAAUGAGAAGUAAAAUAGUUAAGUAAUAAUUUAAGAAAUUAUUUUUUUUAAACAAGUUAAAAAUAAAAAAACAUUAAAAAAUAAUAAUUAGUUAAACAAUUAUGAAUUAUAAUAUUUUCUCCAAAAAUCUUACAAAGAAGGAAAAAGAAUGAAAUUAGCAAUCAAUUAAAAUUACAAGUGCAAACAAAUUUUAUAUAUGUAUAUUUAUAUAAACUUUUAUUUUUUUAAUUAUUUUAUUUUAAAACAUUUUGUUAAAUAAGAUUUUAUCCUUUAUACAAAAGAAUUUAUAUACUUUUUUAUCUAAAACUUUAAAAUUUCGAAAGGAAAGAAUAUACAAAUCCGACUUUGAUAUUAUUUCGUAUCUCACUUUGGAGAACUCAUUUUAAUGUUAAAUGCGCUAGGUAUCCCGCCUUAUUUUACACGACAAAUAGAUAUAUAUUAAUUUUUAGUCGUUAUCCCGCAUAAAGAGUUCGCUUCGGUUUUGUUGUAGUUGAUAGAGAGCCUCUAAAGAGUUAGAAUAUUCGCUGCCUGUAUUUAUAAAUAUAUAUAAAUAUAUAUAUAUAUAUACAUUGUUACUAUCGCCUAUCGCUGUUGCUAUUUGUAUUGAUGAAUGAUGUGACAAUACUUGUUUCGUGCGCUCCUCUCUCUUUGAUAUAUCCAUUGUUAUACGUACGUUUUCAGCAGGGUCAUGCGACAUUUCGUCUCAUUUUUAGUUUUUAACCGAUGUAAUUAUUCUAUACUUAUUUAGUUAAGCUCACAAAUAGCAGCGACAAACCAUUUCUGCAAAACUAAAGAGCCAUGUGAAUAAAAGUGAGGUAAAUAUUUAUUAUAAUUAUAUAAUAAGUCUUCUUUUCUUAUGAACACAUAUUUUCGUAGAAUUUGAUAUGUCUUUUUUACUAAUGAAACGUACUUUGAUACGAUUAUAUAUAAAUAAUUAUUAAUAAUAAUAAUAUACAUAUUAUAUUACAUUUUAUAAAUUGUAAUGUCUUUAGACAAAACUUUUUUUGAUAAAUUUAUUCCAUAUUUAUUUACAUGACUCAUUAAACAUAGCUUCCUAUUAUCUGCAGCAGCGAUAUUAAAGCAUUGAUCUGAUUGAAAUCAAUAGCUGAAAUAAAAUUAUUGCGACAGAUUAGUAGCCAAGUAGCUAUCGAUUAUUAUUAAAGAGACGUACCUUCCAUGUAAUAUUUUAUUUUAUUGCGCCACAUUUAUUUUUAUAAAACGUUGCAAUACGUCACGCGGACGGAAAGACCUGCGAUCAGCAGUAGUUUCGGUUGAUUUCAGUUAACUUUCAAGCGAGUCAAUUUCCUAAUUGACAAGACGCAAUCAUAAGAGAAGACAACUCUUAGAAAACAUAACUAUGUGCUAGUAAUACAUGUGAUAGGUUUUUCAAUCCGUUUCAUAUAUAUCGUUUUUGCACGAGAAUUUCGUUUUUGUUCGAUUCUGAAGUGUAUUUCUUCUAUAUAUUGAUCACUACUGAUUCUCGUGUAGCCGUUUUACUCUCAAUCUAGAGAUAAGCGAGAGAGACUAUUCCACCAGAAAUUUUUCGCUGAGAUAUGAUAUCCAACCGAUAUACUACUACUUAAUUAGUAAUCCGCAAAAAAAGUAUUAAUUAAGCGUAGAUUAAAAUUUGUAUUAAUAAAUAUUAUAAGACAUUUUAAAUGGCAAACGACGCAAAGUGCAAAGGAGAUUUGUAUUUGUUGUUAGCUUCAAUUCGCACAAUAGAAAAAGACGAAUCAAGAGUGAUCGAUAGAUUGAUCUAUGAAGUUGCGAAGCUGAUCUCUCUCUAUCUCUUUAAAUCUCAAAAAUUAAUUAAACAUUUUUUACUCUUUUUUAUUAUUUUUCUGUUUUAUAAUUCUGUUUUACUGUCUAGCGAAAUUAAUUAAUAUAUAUAAUAAUCUCUUUCUACAUAAUAAAAAUUUUAAAAUAUGUCAUAGUAAACAAAUUCUUAUGUAAUCUUUAAAUUCUAAGAUAAGAAAUUCAGUUUGUCUAAUGAGCUCUUGUCAAUUAAUUAUGUUCUAUAUUUUAUCUAUUUUUUAUAACUAUACAUUUUAUACAAUUUAACAAAUUAUAAUUUUACAUGAUUUAUUUCUUCAUUCUUUAUUCAAGAAUAAAAUUCAUGAGAUAAGAAAAAAAUAAUUUAAAUAAUUUCAGAACUUUUGCUUUGCAUAUUGAGAAUUAUAUUUCUUCUCAAAUUCGCGACGCAAUUCCAAGUAAAAUAUGACAAGACAUGAUCCUAAACUCGUAAAUGAUUGUCGAUUGUAGCAUAAUGAGAAUAAUAUUCUUUUAUUGCCUAUAGUAUAACGGAAUGUCCCGACGAAUUAAUUAUACUUUUAUUUGCAAAAAUGAAUGGAGAAUACUUGUAAGAAGUAUGAUUCAUUAAAAUACAUAUUAAUCGUGUUGCUAUUAGAAUGGCAACGAUUCUUUUUGAUAAAUCGAGGAACGACUUUUCCUGGUUACUAUGCGCAGUCUUACCGAAGAGUCCGAUAAUCCCACGAGUCGGCUGUUGCUGCAAAUGUAACUCUAUUUUUACAUUUACGAUUUUUACAUUCAAAAGACGAACGAAACAAAACUGGUUAUCUAAAGGAAAGGCGACAGUUCAUUUACGUGGUUCAUCGGAUUCCGAUGUGGCCAGAAAGAGUAGAAUUAUUCACAAUUGCGUGCGAUGAGGUUCGAUAUGAGGAUAAUAUGCUCAGCUAUUUACAAAUUGAUAAUUAAUAAACUUGAUACUGUAAAAUUCCCACUGAUAUUGCAUGUGUGAAAGAGUUAUGUUAAUAACCCGAGGCCUAUGAAUGCGAAAGGAAAAAGGAAGAGAAAUGUAUGACUUUUGUAUUAUUCUAACAAUAUUUGCGUAAUUUAUUUUAUUUAAAUUUGUUGCAAUUGAAAAUGUCUAUCAAAAUCCUAUGUUAAUUGAAAUAUGCACACACAUGGCCUAAUUUUUUUAGCAAAAUAAAUCUCAAAGAUAAACUCUAACAGAAUGUUAUAGAAUAAAAAUACCGCUUAUGCGACGAGAAAUUUUUCUCUCUUAAUGAAAAUCUUUAUAUGAUGAAUCUUAUUAUACGAUCUACUAUAUAAUUGAUCUUAUAUGAUGAAAGUCUUUUUAUAAUUCCUCCAUCUCGAACAAAUAUGAAAACUUCAAAGCCAAUAGAUAAUAGUCUAUUGUUAUGUCUAUUUGGCAUGUCUAUCUAUCGACUUAUCAUUUUAACUAAAACUGCAAAAAUCUCAUUAAUGUAUAAAAAUUUAUUACUUUCCAAAAAAUAAAAUAAAAAAAUAUAUUAUAUAUUAGUUUUUAUUAUAUAACUCUUAUUCACGAAUUAUUUAAAUGGAGGAAAUCCGCCACACAUGAGAGAUUUUGGAAUUUUUUAAUAAAUCAAUUUGUUCGUUCUCUUACUCUCGCUCUCGGCAAAUCGCCAAUGUAAUUUAUGAGACUGUUUGGGAGAAUAAGCUGUACCACGAGACACUAAUUAAUUAUUUGUCUCUGUAGUGGUCCUGGAUCUAUUGUCACAUAAGCGAUGUAUUUACUGUAUACCUUUAAAAUUAAAAAUUACUUAUUAAUUUUAAAACUUUUCUUAUGGGAACAAAUAGCGCAAUGAAAAAGAAAAAAAAACAUUUAACUAUUUAUGUAAUAGAAAUCUAUAUCUGUGUACGCGUGUAAUAACUUUAUUUCUUUGCAGAUAAAAUUAUAAAAAUGUGAAUAACGUAGAAUUAUGCUUCUCUCGCCUUUCUACUGUUAUCACAUUUUGAUUAACAGAAGAAUAUCUCAAAUCGCAAAUCUUAAAAUAUUUUAUAAAUUAUAAAAAAUAAGUAUACUAAAUUUAUAUAUCAUAAUUAAUUACUUUUUCUUUAUCUUAUUAACUAUUCCAUAUCUGAAAACAAAAUUAAUUGUAACAAUGGUUAUCGCAAUCUAAAUUAUUUUUUAAAAAUCGCUUGAAUCUAUUUGAUUUUAACAUUUUUUGGAGAAAAUUAUAAAUAAGAGACUCAGAGAUUAAAUAAUUAAUAUUUCACUCAUAUUUCUUAAAGUUUGAGAUAUUCUCUUAUAAGUGAUAACUCGAGGUGUAUAUUAAAAGUGCACAUGUGUGUGCAUCAUCGUUUAAUCGACUGAACGUGUUGCGCGAAUGACAGAGAAGCGUGAGGACCCUGUGAGGACAUAUGCGUGACGUAUGUUAUGUGUUUAAGAUAUUUGUAAUCAAGGUAGACGGCGGUUAAAAAGAAAACCAUUCAAUGUACUAAGAACGAUGUCGAAAGAUGUCACAUCGACGCUCCAGAGAGCUGCACAUCAAGUUGCAAUACAAUUCAUAUCCUAAUUAGAUUUAAGUUGCAUCAAUGUUAAGAAGAGUGCGUGAUUAUAAUUACAUCUUUUUCUCUAUCUUUUUUUUUAUAUAAACAUAAAAAUAAAAUGCGAAAUUUAUUUAAGAUUUGAGCUCGUAAUUUUUUGCGAAACAUGUAAGUCACCGUCGUCUCCGUGUUCGUCGAUUAUAUAUUGAUAGGCCCGAAUUUUGUAAAUUAACUUAAUGAUUAAGAUAACAUACAGGAAAUACCGCGUAUUAUACAUUAACAAUUACAGUUCGUAUAUAAAAACGAGAUAUAAUUAUAAGAGACAUUUGCAUAUAUAGUCUUAGAUUUUGUAUGAUAUUCACACACAAAGUGGGAAAAGUGGGGAAAAGUGAAGUGGAUCACGUUGAAAGAUCUAUAUACAUAUAUAUAUAUAUAUAUAUAUAUAUAUAUAUAUAUAUAUAUAUAUCUGUGAGAUAUUAAGUAUACUGAUAAAACGGGCGAUCGAGUAAUUAACGCGCAUUCGAGAUUAACAUCGAAAUAACAGGUGCCCGGAUACGCACAAUCGCAAGAUUUUCAUUGUCAAAAUUUGCUUUCUCGAAGAGUAAAAUGUAUGAGAUUGUAUGUCGAAUCUGCGACGGUGCUCAUCAUCGAAUCAUCCCUUUGUAUGAAAAAUUGUAAAGCGAUAUCGGUAACAGUGCACUCGAUGUGAAAGGAAAUACAUGACACAGUAAUGAACAGUA